AUGCAAAAAGUCGGCGACGAUGAGCCUCCAUAUGUUAUCCCACAGGAGCCAAGUGGCUUACCCAAUGCGCGACCGAACAUUGUAAUUUUCAUGCCGGAUCAACUGCGCUACGACUCACUGCAAUGCUCUGGAUUAAAUCCGAACAUCAAAACACCCAACAUUGAUGCAUUUGCUUCUCGUGGAGUGCGCUUCUCGGAGUGCUAUGUCCAAGCCUCUGUCUGCUCCCAGUCGCGUUGUUCAAUGUUCACCGGGUUAUACCCCCAUGUAUCGGGUCACCGAUCAUUGGAAAAUCUGAUCAAGCCAUGGGAACCGAAUUUGUUCCGAGCUUUGAAGGAUAAUGGGUAUCAUGUCGCGUGUAUGGCCCCUCGUGGAGAUUUGUUUGCGCCAACUGUCACUGAGCUCAGCUUGACUGAGUAUGGCUUUUUGGAACCUCCCGAAGUAACGAAAAUCAUCGGCGCAAAGGGGGCGGAAAGGUCGGAAGAGGAUAUCACGAUCUGGGAGCGUCUGUUCUAUAAAGGACGUCGGGAUGUCAGUAAGGCAGUUGAUUAUGAUGAAGCGGCCGUCCGGAGUGCAGAGAAGUGGCUGGAAUGUCCCCCAGACGACAAGCCGUGGGUGUUAUUCUUACCUCUCUUAUUCCCUCACUGUCCUUUCACGGUUGAGGAGCCAUAUUUCUCAAUGUACAAGCGCGACGACAUGAUCGCACCAUCGACCUAUCAAGAAAAGACAGGGUAUGAACCCAAAUAUAUGCAGAUGAUCAGGGAUAGUUAUGGCACACACCGGGCCACGCCGGAAAUCUGGGCUGAGGUCUCGGCGACUUAUCACGGAAUGAUCUCUCGGCUUGAUGAUCAAUUCGGGCGCAUCGUAAACAAGAUUGAGUCAACAGGAUUAUGGUCAAACACGAUAACCAUGUUCUUCACUGAUCAUGGCGAGUACCUCGGUGAUCAUGGGUUAAUCGAAAAAUGGCCUAGUGGAUUAUCUGAAACUCUCGUUCGAGAACCCCUGAUCAUAGCCGGUGGUGGCAUUCCCUCAGGACUCGUUCGUGACGGCAUGGCCGAGAUGGUUGACUUGGUUCCAACCAUCCUGCAGCUAUGUGGUAUUGAUGAAACCUUCCCCCACAAUGGCAAAUCCCUGCUCCCCACCAUCCUGCACGACACGCCACACCGACAAUAUGCGUUCUCUGAAGGAGGAUUCCUCCUCUCGGAAGAACCACUCCUUGAACGAGCCUCAUUCCCUUAUGACUUGAAAUCACAGCUUCAACAUGAUGAUACAUCGUGGGUUGGAAAAGCCAUCUCUAUGCGCGAUCAUAACUGGACAUACAUUUACCGAUUGUAUGAGCCGGCUGAGCUCUAUGAUCGCAAAGCCGAUCCUCAUGAAUUACACAAUCUAGCGGCUGAUCCACGGUUUAUACACCAGGCACGCCUUAUGGAAAGCCACAUGUUCCGAUGGAUGGUCGAGACCAGUGAUUUCCUUCCAUAUACUAAAGAUAAUCGAUUCCCUCAAGUGAAUUUGCCGGACCCCAAGACAUUGUUGGAUCAGCGAAAGGCCAAGGCUCGAGCGGGGGAACGAGUCGAGUGA